GUGGCUGAGCGAUCUCCAAAACGGGGAUCCGCUACUUCGGCAUCUCCUCGGCAACAGUUGGCAGAUGGAUCUCCGAGGCGAAAGGCUUCUCAGUCACCAUCGCCAGGGUCCAGACCUUCAUCUCGUGACAAGUUUCCUCUAGACAUACCUUUGGCUCAUGCUCCUUGUGAGGUGGUGCUUUCCAAGCUGCAGUCACUAUCUGCCUCCAAAGACAAGAGGCCGCAAGCUGAGUUUGGAGAGCUGUGUGAGCGCGUUUCGACGCUCGCCACAGAGAUGAAGGCAGGCAAGAGCCUAGACCUGGCCUUUGCUCCGCAAAUGCUGCGGGAGGUGAUGGGCCUCAUGGAUGCGAAAGACUUGAAGGAUUCAAAGUACGUCUUCAAGUUGGCCAGAUGUGCACUGUCCUUGCUUUCACUAGAGGCUGCGACCAAAGGAGUCCCAAUCUCCGGCGUGCAAGCUGCAUAUCAGAACAUAGCACAGGUCUUGUUCAAGUUCUCGCAGAAGGAAGGCAACGAUGCGCACUUCUUGUCAGAGAAACUGAUAGAGCCGCUCAUUGAGGUGCUCGAGUCAAAUCCUGACCCUUGUGCCUCAACAGAUCUCAAAGUCUACAUUGUGGGCAUUUUGAAGAAUGUGUCCAAUGAUACAGCAAACCAGAAGUUCCUGGCCCAACGUGGAGCUGUAACAUCGCUUUUUAAGCUCAUGGAUCCCAAAGUGUUGACCGGCAACCCGAAGGAGGCUGCUUUGCUCAUCCAGGUCACGGCUGCACUCAGGAACUUGGCCAGCCAUCAGUACAAGCAGUUUUUGACGGAGGAUCGACUCAAUGCUUUGACGAGGUUGAUGGCCUUGUAUCCCGGUCAUGUCGAGCUACUCACGAACAUCGCGCGGACGUUGGCAAAGCUGACGCUGCAUGGCUCUGCGGUGGAGGCGAUAGCGAAAUCAGAUGCUCACCUGCGGCAGAUCUCUCAGACUCUCAGCAGCAACUUGGACUCUGCGGCACUCACGCUGCGGCUCUCCUUCGUGCUGGGGAACCUGACGGAACGAAGCGACCGGCUUCGGAUUGUCUUCGCCUUCGAUUGCGAGGGCACUGCGCUGGUCCCCCAGCUGCUGGGCAAGUACCGGCAGAAGGCCUGGGUACUGCCCAAGCGUUUGUCCUGUGUUUGUCCUGCGCAGGUGAUUUUCAAUGACCUCAACUACAAUGCUCCUCUGAUUCUCACGUACGUGCAGCUGGCCAGCGUUGCUUCCACCUCGGUCACGGCCUCGACAGUCAUCUCGACCACUUCAGUUGUGUGGACACUCAUUGGCAGUGUCAUUUUCCUCAAGGAAAAACUGACAGGGAUGAAAGUUUUCGGCAUCCUGUGCUGCAUGGCUGGAAAUGCGGCUACUUUGCUGGGCAGCAGUUCUGGAACAGAUCACAAAGGAGCAUUCUCCGGUGAUCUCUUGUGCGUUCUUGCAGCGAUGCUCUACGCCACCUACACAACUGUGUUAAGCCGCCUGGUGGGUGAGGACUUCUCCGUGGCACUCUUGUUCGGAGAGCAAGAGGCGCCGAUGGAAGUGGGCCAGGAUCCGAGAGUUCGUCAAGCUGCAGAGCACCCUGUCGUGCUGGACUUGUCCCAGGCGCCAAUCACGGAGUGGCAGGGCAAAGGUGGAGAUCGUGCAGUUCCAGUGGUCUGGAGGUACGCCGUGAAGGGCUUGGCCGUCUCCGUCGCAGAUCUGAGAGCGCGAAAAGAGUCUCAAAGCGGAGGCCUGGGCAAAGACUUUGAACAUCCUUGGCGCAAUCCUUUGGCCAAUUUGCCAGCAGUUGAAAUUGCAGAGUCACAAUAUGGGGGCUUUGCCGUGAUGCUGGAGCUGCGGAUGAGACGACAGAGCUUGCACGCCCCCUCGUCAACAUUCAAGGAGUUCCUAUUGCAGAGCAUCUGA